UGGUGACUCCCUUAAGGCCCAGCAAUCUCAUUAGUGUGGCAUCCCAGCAGAGUCAUAAUCCACUCACCAGGAGAAGAAUAAAUCCCUAGGCCACUGCUCUGCUGACCCAGCUCCAGCCGACUGGCACCUAUGGCUCGCUGAGACCUGUCCAGUGCUUGCCUGCAUGAGGAACACAGACCAGCCUGACAGAGCCCAGAAGCUAAGGGUCACUGCAGUGUCUCUGCCAGCCUCACCAUGAACCUGGAGCCACCCAAGGCCGAAAUUCGGUCAGCCACACGGGUUAUAGGAGGACCAGUUACACCCAGGAAAGGACCACCUAAGUUUAAACAACGGCAAACCAGGCAGUUCAAGAGCAAGCCCCCCAAGAAAGGCGUCCAAGGGUUUGGGGAUGACAUCCCUGGAAUGGAAGGCUUGGGUACAGACAUCACUGUCAUCUGCCCAUGGGAGGCCUUCAACCACCUGGAGCUGCAUGAACUGGCCCAGUACGGCAUCAUUUAGUCAAUCCCAGCUGUGAGAGUCCUGUGAAGGAGGCCUGAUGAAGACCCACGCUGCCCCACCACCUCUAUAAACCCUACCCAGGACCCCUGCCCAAGCCUGAAUCCCAGCCUGAGUCCCUAGCCAGGUUGCUCCCAGCCUCCAGGGGGGCAACUUCAUGCCCUGAUACUAGCUACCAAGAGCCUACAGCCUCCCACAGGACACUCUGGUGACCUGAAUUCAUGUGUUAGAAGGAAGGGAGGGAGGGGGACCCAGCACCACCUCCUGUUCUUAUGUCUAGAGUACAGGGAUGAGCUCCCCAGAAGUGUUUCCCUACACUGCCUCCUGUGGACAGGAGUUCCUCUGCCCCGCAACCCUUCCCGAUGGACGUCUGGAGGUGGGACACUGUCCUGGGGUCUCUGGUGAGAGAGGCUGAGGCUGCACUCUUUAUACCAGCCUUCCCAACACACUCUGUCCUAGUCCCUGUUUCUAAAUAAA